AUGGGCGACGCUAACCCCGCCGACCCGACCGCUCUUCCAGGCUUCGGCCAGGACCAGCCCGACCCUGUCCGAUUUCCAAACACCAGACUGCGAAACUCGCGAUCAGCCUCCAUCUCGACAUGGACCACCACCUCGGGCGGCGGCCACUCCCACACUCAUUCGCAACCCCACAACAACCCGCGCGAGUCCGAGCAAUGCCGAAUCUGCAGAGGCGACGCCUCUCCCGACGACCCCUUGUACCACCCGUGCAAGUGCAGUGGAAGUAUCAAAUGGGUCCAUCAGGAAUGUCUGAUGCAAUGGCUCGCCCAGACCCAGAGGAAACACUGCGAGCUGUGCAAGACGCCCUUCCGCUUCACCAAGCUCUACGAUCCCGACAUGCCCAGGACCGUCCCCGCCCAUAUCUUUGUCGCCCACAUGUUCAAGUACUCGGUCCGUAAGCUCCUCGCUUGGGCAAGGGCCGCCCUCGUCGUUAGUGUCUGGCUUGGGUGGCUCCCCUACUUUAUGCGCUCGGUAUGGGCCCUGCUGUUCUGGCUCUGUGAGGAAGGCUGGGGAGGUCCGGCUGUGUUUUCAAGGUCUCAAAACACAUCAUCUUCAAACGGCUUCUCCGUCAGGGCUUACGGCACCACCGUAUGUCCAGCUAGUCCACUCUUUGUCGCCCACACGUCUCCAGCUAGCAUGGGGGCCGUGUUGGGACGUCUGCCCCUGAACUCGACCCAGUUCGUAAACAGCCUUACUGGUGCCGGUUCUGGCGCAGGCCAUUCCUUCCUUUCCCUUUUGCUUCGCACCAUAUUUGGCUCAGGUGCUAUCCUCGCUAAUAACGUUACUGCGACUCUGUACAUCGACCAAGCGGCUUCACCUUACAGCAAUGCAUCAUUGGCCCAUUCACCUUCGCUUCUCAGCGAGGUCGGCUUUUUAAAGAACCUGACUCGGAACCCGACCGUCAACAACAACAUCAUUGCGGUACUCGAGGGCCAGAUCAUCACCGUCCUUGUUGUUGUCUGUUUCAUCUUGAUUAUUCUUGUCCGAGAUUACGUUGUUCAACAGCAGCCGGAAAUCAACGAGCGCGCCGCUUUUGCCAACCUUCAAAACGUGCAGCCCCAGCUUGCGCCGCUCAAUGUUCCCGGCCCUGCCUUGAACGGUGACCGUAACGGUGACCUCGGAGAAGAAGAAGAAGAAGAAGAAGGAGAGGAUGCAGGUACUGACGAUGAACAUGCCUGGGAUGCUCAGCCUCCCCAGCCUAGACCCCCGCCUGACAGGCAACCCGUCAACAAUCCUUAUGCUUCGGACUUGGAGAGAGAACUCGGAGAAUCGGACUCAUCAACCAUAGACGAGUACCUCAACCUUUACAGAGAGGCCGGCGGAAACCCCGACCGAAUCGUGGAGCUGGCCCAGGAGCGUGGUUUGGAGGAAAGGUUGGCUUACUGGAUAGCGCUUACCAAGACCAUGAAGGAGCGCGCCGCCCGAGUUCAGGCAAAUUACAAUGAUGGCCUCAACUCUUCCGCAGCGGAAUCCAGUACUAGCGCAGCAGGGAGACCGUCGGGCCACACCUUGAAGAUGGACAGCACUCCUGCCGCUCCACGACCCGAUCCGUUUGAUGACUGGCGCUAUCCUUUGGAAGAAGAUGAUCAUCAGGGUGAGAAAGCCGGAGAUGGUUCUAGGGACAAGGGCAAGGGCGUCGCGACUGAUGAUUUCGACACCGAGUCGGACUCCGAGAUUCUCGCUUCUUCGGCCAGGCCUCGCGCCAAUACAGAUGGGCCUGAAAUCAGAAUGUACACCAAUCCUCUGGGAAGCAACAGCUGGUCUUUUAGCGACUUACCAGAAGAUGACCCGAACAGUUCAUCCACGGAAGAAAAGGCCUCUCAGGUUAUUGCAACGCCCCCAGAUCUCACUAAUGACAAUGAUUCUUCCAACACCGAGGUCGAACCUUUGCUCGCUUCACUGGCCGGUCCAGCAGAAUCCGAGUCAUUCCAGGAGAAUCGUAGCCAAGAUGGCAAUAGGGAUACAGCCGCCGAUGCCCGUGUACACAUUGGGCGGCCCACGGAAGCAGAACAUUGGGGAACCAACCUUAACCCAGAGCGUCAGGCGGAACCACAGGCAUUGACCGAUAUAUCCUGGCCCAACCUCGACGAGAGCACGGCAGAUAGCCCCGCACAACCUCCUCAGCCUCGUGGAUUCGUCCCUAGAGUGACCGACUUCAUGUGGCAAGGCGUUGAGGCGGAUCAGGCGCAACAGGAUGCUAUUGAUAUUAUCGCUGACGCUUUGAUGAGACGGGACGACCAAGACAACGUGGACGUUCGCGAUAACCCUGGACUUGACAACGAUGAUGACUUGGACCAGGAUGAUGACGCCGCAGCAGCAAUUGGCCUUGAACAAGACGCCAUUGAUGAUGCCGAAGACCUCGAGGGUGUCCUGGAGCUUCUUGGCAUGCGCGGGCCUCUAGCUGGCCUAUUCCAAAACGCCAUCUUCUGCGUCCUGCUCGUGUCAGCUACCAUUUUUCUCGGACUGUUCAUUCCAUACAACAUCGGUCGCUAUUCGCUGUGGUUUAUUGCGAAGCCCAUGCGUCCAGUCUGGAUCCUCUACAGUCUAUGCAGGUUCAUUCAGGACAUGGUCGUUAUUGCCUUCGGGCUCGUUUCCCACGCGCUAUCUCUGGUGCAUCCCAGUCUAGGACUGGGUGGUGUGGCUCGCCUGGCUACGAAACUCCUCUUCGGUAGCCGCCACGCCGCAGCGAUUCUUGAUCCACAUGUUGAAAUGACCAACGCCGCCAAGCGAGUUGGACAUACGGUCAUCAACGAGCUCGGCCGCGUAUCCAUGUCAGAGAUUCACACCUUUUCUGCGGUCAGUCAUGAAGCCUUAUUGUUGGUCAAGGGGCAAGUCUUUUCCGGCUUUGCCGCCCUGGGCUCCGCGCUUGUCUUCCUUUUUGGAGGGGACUAUUCUACCAAAGCUCCUGUAGUGCUCUCCGCUGCGAGCAACGCGACUACAUUCGCGUUGAGCGCACUCAAGACUCUGCCGACUGUCUUGUUGAAGCCUAACCUGGUCAUCAACGUCAACUUUCCUGACGCGAGUCAUACCAUUGACCCAGCAUUGGCAUACUGGAAUGGCACAGACAGAUUUUGGGCAAUCCUUGCCGGCUACCUCACGAUUUACAUGGCGGCGGUCUUGUACCUGCGUCAUGGCGGACCCAUAUCCUCCAGCCCAACCGGACAGGAAUGGGAGGCAGCUCUCAUCGACGCGCUCAACCAGGCAAGCGGUGUGAUGAAGGUCAUCCUUAUCAUUGGCAUCGAGAUGCUCGUCUUCCCGCUUUAUUGCGGAAUGCUUUUGGACAUUGCACUCUUGCCCUUGUUCGAAAAUGCCACCCUCAUGUCUCGCCUCCAAUUUACCCUCAACUUUCCCAUGACAUCGAUCUUCGUCCACUGGUUCGUGGGUACGGCUUACAUGUUCCACUUUGCAUUGUUCGUCUCCAUGUGCCGCAAGAUCAUGCGCCGUGGAGUUCUCUACUUCAUCCGCGACCCAGACGAUCCCGAGUUCCACCCGGUACGCGACGUACUGGAGCGCAAUGUCACGACCCAGUUGCGGAAGAUUGCCUUUUCUGCUCUCGUCUACGGCGCGCUUGUCAUAAUCUGUCUGGGUGCUGUGGUCUGGGGGUUGGCGCUCUCUUUGCCCAAUGUCCUGCCGAUUCACUACUCGUCCAACGAGCCAGUGCUCGAGUUUCCGCUUGAUCUUCUCUUUUACAACUUUUUGAUGCCCUUGGCCGUCAAGUUCUUCAAACCUGGUGAUGGACUUCAUGCGAUGUACACUUGGUGGUUUCGCACUUGCGGCCGCUGCUUGCGGAUUACUUGGUUCCUGUUCGGGGAGCGCAAGGCAGAUGAAGAAGGCCGUCUGCGCAUGAUUGAGAGAGGCCCCGAUGCCCAGGUAUCAUGGUGGCAGGCUAUGUUCCUUCAAUUGGAUGAGUCCAACGGGAUUGUGAGACCGUGGAAGCCCAAUUUCCUGGCCGAAAGCACCAAGGCUGAGACUUCCGAGUCCGAACCUGAAUCACCGACUAUCCGAGGGUAUGUGCCGUCUGAGGCUGAGGCUGCUACCAGGAAACUGUCUCCUGAAGAAGGCUUCAAGGAUUACUUGGUCAAUACCAAGCAACUGAUUCCUGAUGGCCGCUUCGUUCGCGCUCCGGCAUCUGACCAGGUCAAGAUUCCCAAGGGCAAGACGGUGUUCCUUGAGGUGACGGAGAGGAAUGAGAGACUGGACGGCAAGCCUGAUGUACCCGAGACCGACCUUUACUCGACCACGCAGUACCGUCUGGUCUAUGUCCCACCGCACUUUCGAAUCCGCAUCUUCUUCUUCAUUCUCCUCAUCUGGUUGUUUGCCGCCGCUACGGGCGUCGGCAUUACGAUUAUCCCCUUGGUCUUUGGCCGCUGGAUGUUCAAACUCUUGAUCCCGGAGGGCGUAAGGACGAAUGACAUUUACGCCUUUGGCAUCGGCAUCCACGUGUUGGGGGUGAUUGUUUACGCGCUCAUCAACAUCCGGUCCCUUUUUCAGGCCGCCAAGAUUCGGGUCGCCGCAGCUGUCGCUUCCGUCUUCAACAACGGUGCAGUCCGCCGCAGCCUGGCCGUCAUCACCCGCAUCGCCAAGAUCAUCUACUCCUACGUCUUCCUUCUGGUCGUCUUUCCCCUCAUGAUCGCCUCCGUCGCCGAGCUCUACAUCAUGAUGCCCCUGCACGAAUUCAUGUACAGCGUUCCCAUCGCCCAAGACAUCAAGCAGGUCACCAUCCAACACGCGGCCGCUCUCAACCCGCGCCACACCAUCCGCGUCAUGCAGUCCUGGACCAUUGGUCUUUUGUAUCUGAAGCUUUCGGUAAGGGGAAUCACCACCUGGUUCAGCGGCAGCCGUCUGGCCCUCGCUACCAAAGCCGUGCUGCGCCGUGGCUGGUUCAACCCCAACGCUGGUGUCUUGACCCGCGCAUUCGUCAUCCCUGCCAUCCUCCUCUGGACCGUCGCUAUGGCCAUUCCUACCCUCUUCGCCAAGUUUAUGAUCUCCUGGAGCCUGGCGGAAACUUUGACUCUUCGCCAUCCUCAAGCCGUUAACGUCGACGGCGUGGUGGACCAGACUCUCUACGACGCCUACGUCGUGCUCAUCUACCGGCGCAGCUUCCCGCUUACAGCACUGUUGUUGUUGGCUGCGGCGGCGGUGUGGGGCCUGCUGGGUGUGUUCCAGAGUUGGAAGAUGAGGAUCAGGGAUGAGGCUUACUUGAUUGGGGAGCGGUUGCAGAAUUAUGGAGGUGGGAUGCCGCAGAGGGGUCUCGGAAGGGGGACGAGGGGUGGAUGGAGAGCUGGGAUGGCUGUGGGAGGGCGGUGAUGAGGAUACCUUGUCAGUGUGAAGAAAGAAGAGAGAUGGAGAGAUAUGAAAGAGGAAGAAAAGCAUAAGGUGAAUGGGGAGGUGAAGAGGAAAACAGCAGGAGAAGACCAAUGAUACCAAACUGGACUUGUAUACGUUAGAGUAUUGACAUAGCGUAGCAUAAAAGGAUAUUGAUUUGUUACUUGCA